CUCAGCGCGACUAGGCGAGGCGCGGCGCGGCGCGGGCGGGAGGGGGGCUGCGGUAGCAGCAGUAGCAGCAGCAUGUACGGCUUCGUGAAUCACGCCCUGGAGCUGCUGGUCAUCCGCAACUACGGCCCCGAGGUCUGGGAGGAUAUCAAGAAGGAGGCUCAGCUGGAUGAAGAAGGACAGUUUUUAGUCAGAAUAAUUUAUGAUGAUUCCAAAACAUAUGAUCUGGUUGCAGCAGCAAGCAAGGUCCUUAACCUAAAUGCGGGGGAAAUCCUUCAGAUGUUUGGAAAGAUGUUUUUCGUGUUCUGUCAGGAAUCUGGUUAUGACACAAUUCUUCGCGUCUUGGGCUCAAAUGUCAGAGAAUUUUUGCAGAACUUGGAUGCUCUGCAUGACCAUCUUGCCACUAUUUACCCAGGUAUGCGAGCCCCUUCCUUCAGGUGCACUGAUGCAGAAAAAGGGAAAGGACUUAUUCUGCAUUAUUAUUCGGAGAGAGAAGGACUCCAGGAUAUCGUCAUUGGGAUCAUCAAAACAGUAGCUCAGCAGAUCCAUGGUACAGAAAUAGAUAUGAAGGUAAUUCAGCAGAGAAGUGAAGAAUGUGACCACAUUCAGUUUUUGAUUGAAGAGAAAGAAUCUAAGGAAGAGGAUUUUUAUGAAGACCUUGACAGAUUUGAAGAGAAUGGUACCCAGGAAUCUCGUAUCAGUCCAUAUACUUUCUGCAAGGCUUUUCCUUUCCACAUAAUAUUUGACAGAGAUCUGGUGGUCACACAGUGUGGCAAUGCUAUAUACAGAGUCCUUCCUCAGCUUCAACCUGGAAAUUGCAAUCUGUUGUCAGUUUUCUCCUUGGUUCGGCCUCACAUUGAUAUUAGCUUCCAUGGAAUCCUCUCGCAUAUCAACACUGUCUUUGUACUGAGAACCAAGGAAGGGUUGCUGGAUGUAGAGAAGUUGGAGUGUGAAGAUGAACUAACCGGCAGAGAAAUCAGCUGUUUACGUCUCAAAGGUCAAAUGAUCUACUUACCUGAAGCGGAUAGUAUUCUUUUUCUUUGUUCUCCAAGUGUGAUGAACUUAGAUGACUUAACCAGAAGAGGUUUAUAUCUGAGUGAUAUUCCAUUACAUGAUGCUACCCGUGAUCUAGUCCUUUUGGGAGAACAGUUCAGAGAGGAAUAUAAGCUGACUCAGGAACUGGAGAUCCUUACAGAUAGACUUCAGCACACCUUAAGAGCACUGGAAGAUGAGAAGAAAAAGACAGACACCUUGUUGUAUUCUGUCCUUCCACCAUCUGUGGCAAAUGAGCUGAGACACAAGCGCCCUGUGCCUGCUAAGCGGUAUGACAAUGUGACCAUUCUGUUUAGUGGCAUUGUUGGAUUUAAUGCAUUCUGCAGUAAACAUGCCUCUGGAGAAGGAGCCAUGAAAAUUGUUAAUCUUUUAAAUGAUCUGUAUACCAGAUUUGAUAUUCUGACCGAUUCACGAAGGAAUCCAUUUGUUUAUAAGGUGGAGACUGUUGGCGACAAAUAUAUGACAGUGAGUGGUCUACCAGAGCCGUGCAUUCACCAUGCACGAUCUAUUUGCCACCUGGCACUGGAUAUGAUGGAAAUAGCAGGCCAGGUUCAGGUAGAUGGAGAGCCGAUACAGAUAACAAUAGGCAUUCAUACUGGGGAGGUGGUUACCGGUGUCAUUGGCCAAAGGAUGCCACGUUACUGUCUCUUUGGAAACACUGUUAAUCUGACCAGCAGAACAGAAACCACUGGAGAAAAGGGAAAGAUCAAUGUCUCUGAGUAUACCUACAGGUGUCUUAUGACACCAGAAAAUUCAGAUCCUCAAUUUCACCUGGAACACAGAGGUCCAGUUUCCAUGAAGGGGAAAAAAGAACCAAUGCAGGUUUGGUUUCUGUCCAGAAAGAGUACAGAGACAGAGGAAAUAAAGCAAGAUGCUUACUGAACUGGGGGAAGAGGAAGAAGACACUGGAUAGGGUGCAAUACUGUUUCCAACCAGCUGGUCUGGCAGUAAUGAUGGUUUGUGGGUAUUACUUCACUUUGCAUUUCUCAUUUGGCCAUCUAUCCAAACCCAGAAUCAUAUUCACUUUCCUUCAAAUUCUCAUUCAGAUUUUUUGCUUCUGCUUUUGUUGUUGUUGUCUUUCUGCUAUGAGUGCAUGUCAAGCCUCUUUUUUUUUUUUUGGUGGAUCAUGUGACCCUUCUCAUAUUCCAGAUAUUGAAUAAUACUUAAUGGCAUUUAGCAUUGUUUGUGCCCUAGCUAACCAUAUUAAUCUGCCUCACAUGCUGUCUUCAUUUUCAUCUCUGCAGUGUAGUGGUAGUUUUCUAUAUUUUGACUAUUUGUGUGAAUACACACCAUAUCUGGAAAGGCAAAAGUUUCAUUUGAUAGAAAGAACGAUGAAGCCAGGUCACUAAUUUAUGAGAAAUAUUCUGUUAAUGUCCAUUAUUUUUUCAGUCUGCCCUCAUAGUGCAUUCCAGUUGCUUCUGGGAAUAAUACUUGUUGCACUGUGCCAGUUGCUCAUCAGAAAACAGUGUCUCUCUUGAUGUUGUUAUACAGUUUCCUUCUGUAGAUAAUACAUUUACAUUUUGUAUAUUGAAAAUAACAGGUCUUUGUCUAACAUUGCAAUUUUGAAUUAUGUGUAAAGGUACUUUUACUCAAAUGCUGUUCACUUAGAAUGUAUUUCUUAUUUUUCCAUAUUAAUUACAUGCAGCUAACUUGUGCAAAUAGAUUACUGGACAGUUUUGUGCCAUCUGUAUUGUUUUCAUUCUUUUCCAGUAGAACCCCUCUGAAAAUGAAAGGCUUCUUGCUGAGACACAGCUGUUGGGCAAAGCCUUUUGGUAUGGUCUUGUUAAUUUUCAGAAAUGAUGUUGUAUUAUUCUUUACUGAAUAUUUUAAUGUUCUGGACAACCUGUCAAGAAUUAAGUCAUCUUCAAAGUACAUUGAAUUCCUGUAUACAUCCAUUUUGAGCCCACCAACAUUUUCUGAAUAUUAGCUGUAUAAAACUAAGAUAGUACAGUGCAAUUACUUUUGUGUAUAAAAAAGUUUGUCUAUAUCUAGUAUAUCUAUCUUACCAGCACUAAAUAUAUGUGUAUAAAUGUUUCAUGUUAACAUGUAGAAGAAUUUCAAUAAAUUAUUUUUUCCACCAA